CUGAUUCUGUGAUUGUGGACACAGGAGGGAGGAAGAGACUCUGCUCGGUCUCAUGGGAGUCCAGGAAUCACAGACCAGGGAGGAGGAUCGGGCCGAGGAGGAACGAGUGCAGCGGAAGACAGACUGAGGCGGAGAACAGGGACCAAAUAGAUCAGAAAAAAUUCAGUCAGAAGGAGUUUUUGACAGGAGCAAAAGGCAGGACGUGACAGAACGGAGGACCUGCUGCGCCCCCUGCUGGCCGCAUGCUUCCUGACAGACACCAUGUGAAGAUUUGUCUCCUCAGGCUUCUUCUCCAGGUCUCCGUCCUCCCUGAACUGUCAUGUCGGCACUACACGCUGCAGAUGUCCUGCUCAGCUACUCUGUCUUCGUCUUCAUCGCCAUCAUUCAGCCCAUCAGUGGAGAAGUAGGAGGAAACUGCAGCUGCAGCUUCUCCAACAGCCGCUGCGACGAGGGCGGAGUCUGCAGGUGCGACCCCGGCUGGGACGGUGGGCGCUGCGAGCGCUGCGUGCCGAUGCCCGGCUGCGUGCACGGCUCCUGUCUGCAGCCAUGGCAGUGCAGCUGUGAGCCCGGGUGGGGCGGCCGCUUCUGUGACAAAGAUCUGAGCGCCUGCUCGCUGCAGCCCUGUGCGAACGGAGCGACCUGUCUGAUGGCCGACAGCGGAGACUUCAGCUGCCUGUGUCCUGAAGGGUUCACGGGUUUGAAGUGUGAACGGCGGAUUGGACCCUGCAGCCGCCGAAGGUCUCCCUGUAAAAAUGGAGGCCUUUGUGAAGACGCCAACGGCUUCGCGGCAGAGCUGACGUGCCGCUGCCUCGCCGGCUUCUCGGGCCCGCGCUGCGAGACCGACGUGGACGACUGCCUGAUGAGUCCGUGCGCCAACGGCGCCACCUGCCUGGAUGGCGUGAACCGCUUUUCGUGCGUGUGCCCCGCGGGCUUCAGCGGACGCUUCUGCUCCGUCAACCUGGACGACUGCGCCAGCAGGCCGUGCCUGAACGGCGGCCGCUGCCUCGACCGCGCCGGAGGCUUCAGCUGCGUCUGCCGGACCGGCUUCGCCGGGAACGCCUGCGAGACGCAACUGAGGGCCGCCCAGCUGGAGGGGGUCACACCGGGGUGGGAGGGGGGAGGUGAGAAGACCCAGAGGAACGCCGUGACGCUCACAAACAGGAACAGCAGCCGUCAGGUCGACGGGCUGCUCAGGGUGACGGUGAGCGAGCGCGGCGGCCGCAUGCCCCGGCCGCAGCUCAUCGUCCUGCUGGUGCUGGCCGCCAUGACGCUGGCCGUGGUGGCGCUGACGGCCAUCCUCGUCCUGCAGGGUCACUGCCACAGGGACUGCGGCGCCACCAGGCGAAGGACACCGACAUCGCCGUCAUGGCGGACGGAAGAGCGGCGACUGCCACGCAACAUCGGCGUCCUGAACCCGGCAGAACCACAGAAGAAGAAACUGAAUCCUGAGGUCGUUUAGAGCAGGCAGGCCCCACCCCUCCAGAAGGGACGACCUCGGUCAGAACAGCCGGAAGACGUUACUUCCUGUCUUUACUGUGAUAUGACACCAGGCCAGCAGGAGCCGCUCUCACGACUCGUGAGUCGAGUCUGGACACAAAGAGACUGGAUUCUGAGUUUAACGCUACGUGGCAUUCAGGGACCUGAUUCUUCAGCUUUUGUUGUGUCAAUUUGUGAUAUUAGAAAAAAGACUGACCUCUGCAACCCUGCACAGACCUGAGCUCACUGUCAUGUUUCACAUUAACCUUUUUACUCCCAACAACAA